AGUAACAAGUGGUGACAUGUAUAAUAGGUGACCGAAAUUACCUGAAUUUUCCUAAAACAACAAAAUAUGAGCUGCAUCUUCUGUAAAAUUAUUCGCGGAGAAAUCCCUUGUGUCAAACUUGCAGAGACCGCAAAGACUCUUUCUUUUCUUGACAUUUCCCCUACUGCUAAAGGCCAUGCCUUAGUAAUCCCUAAAGAACACUCUGAAAAGUUGACAGGCUUGAGUGAUGAGAGCUUGGCCGAUAUUCUCCCUGUUGCCAAAAAGGUAGCUAAGGCCAUUGGCGCUGAAAACUACAACUUUUUGCAAAACAACGGUCGUAUUGCUCAUCAAUUUGUGGACCACGUUCAUUUCCACAUCAUUCCUAAACCCAACGAGGAAUUCGGUUUGGGUGUCGGUUGGCCUACAUACCCUACUUCCAAGGAAGACUUGGCAGAGCUUGGUGAGCAAAUCCGCUCCCGUUUGCAAUAAGCCGUUGUCACGUAUUAUAGGUAAUGUCUGGAUGUCGACGAUUAAGGAGAGAAUGUAACUUGCUCUUUCCGUUACGAAAUGACAGAAUAUAUCUAUGUUUCGCUUAAAUCUACUCCGAACCUCAUA